CGCUCUUCAUCAGAGCCAAUAGAACACGCUGCUGUCUGCCAUGGAAGCCGGGAGGGGCAAAAGGACACACGUAUAAUCCUCCUGUACGUUCCGGGUCCGGCCAGAGAGGCGGAAAAGCAGAACCGUGUUCUAUGCUUCCAAGGUCCUUGGGACCAGCGGCGCGGCGCCUGGGCCUGGUCGCGGCGGCGGCUCCCUCCACCGCGCGCGCGUCCUCGGCUUCCGCGGCGCGGCGGCCGUGCCCGCCGUCCGACGGCGACGAGGCCGGGGAGGAUGAUGAGCCUCUACCUCUUCGGACGCCCCACGGGCCGCCGGCGCCGGAGGAGCGGCGGUGGCCUCGCCGCGGAGAGCAGCGUCGGGUAAUGCUCAAACCAAUCGUUGAAGCGCCAUCAAUAAUUAACAAAACGACACGUGCGUAUGGGCGGAGGCAAACCCAACUAUUGCCACGCAACACGAUAAGGAGAGAAUUCUCAUUUAUCACAACAGCCGCCAAAGAUCAUUCUGUCUUGACCCGGCAACUUCUAGAUUCGCGACAUGAUACAGUAGAUGAGGUUGGUACAGAACAUGAUCCGUUCAUUGAGUUGAAAGCAAGGUUCAUGGACUUCAAACAGCGAAACUAUGUGGAAAAUUUUUCAAAUUACCAAAGUUUGGCGCAACAGCAAACACCAAAGUUCAUGGUGAUUGCUUGUGCUGACUCCAGGGUCUGCCCUACCAGUAUUUUGGGGUUUCAGCCUGGGGAAGCAUUUACAGUUCGUAAUGUGGCAAAUUUGGUACCACCAUAUGAGCAUGGGGGUUCAGAGACUAGUGCAGCACUAGAGUUUGCUGUCAAUACACUCCAGGUAGAAAAUGUAUUGGUGGUAGGUCACAGCCGAUGUGGUGGCAUCCAGGCACUAAUGAGUAUGAAAGAUGACUCGACCUCUGGCUUUAUUAAGAACUGGGUUUCAAUUGGGAAGAGUGCAAGGUUAAGCACAAAAGCUGCAGCUGGAAACUUGAGUUUUGAAAUGCAGUGCACACAUUGUGAAAAGGAAUCAAUAAAUAGCUCUCUUUUGAACUUGUUAACAUACCCAUGGAUAGAGAAAAGGGUGAAUGAAGGUACUCUGAACCUUCAUGGAGGCUACUACAACUUUGUAGAUUGCACAUUUGAAAAAUGGACAUUAGUGUACCGUGAAGGACUCAAAGGCGGAAGCAAGUAUGCUAUAAAGAACAGGUCAUCCUGGUCUUGACCAAUGAAGGCCUUAUUUACUUGGGUAAAUUUCACUCUGCCCCCUUCAGUUCAGCAUGGUUUUGCUUUGCCACUACGUUGUUCAUUUCCAUUGCACCUUGCUCCGUUUUGGUAUUGAUGUUCUGCGGAAGGGAGUCCCUGUAUCAAGGAAUUGUUACGUGGAUGGCUGUUGACGUCGCCCAUUGUCAUGCAUGGCACUGUGCCACUAGCAUGAUACGCUUGAUCUGUAUGUUGCAUUGCAGACGAAUAUAGAUGCAUCGACAUUGUGGAUACAGAGACUUGCGACCGUAGGACAAAACCACAAUGGGGUGAGGUGCAACACAAUGAACAAUGUGGUAGCAAAGUGAAAGUCUGUCGAACUGCUGGGGAGAAGGUGAAUUUUUCUCAACUAUUUGUAUGUUGUUUUCUGUUUGAAAACAUUAAGGAGUUAUGAAUAAGCUGCAAGGUCGAUCAUAGCACAAAUGCAUGUAUAGUCAUCGCCACAUUUGGCGUUACCGUGUGUUACAAUUGUAACAUUUGUACCAUUUGUUGUAUCACUGUAACUGGGAGAUAUAUAGCAUCUGUAUCUGUUACUCUGUUAGUCUUAUCA